AUGUCCUCUAAGAUGACCAAACUAGAUAUUGCUUCCUCAGAGAACUGGGAACAGAAGAAGCAGUGUAAUGUCUUGAAGAAACCUAGUGGCCUACCCUUUGUAAGCAAUGUCUGUCACUUGGUUUCCACUAAAUAUACUUCCAUCAAAAAGAGACACCCGUACAUCAAAUUUAUAUGUACUGGGACAGAGAAAGGAGUGAAGACCAUUAAUGAAGUUGUGGUCAGCAGUGCACAGCCAGUUCUGAAUACCCUGGAACCUCAAUCUGCAACAGUAAACUGCAAGGGUCUAGAGUCAGUGGAGGAGAAGCUGCCGAUACUUUGUCAAAACGCUGAUCAGGUUGUUUCAGAUGCAAAGGACUUCAUGAGGUUUUCCAAAGUGAUGGGUGAAAAUGAUGCAGUGACCAAGACAAUAAUAGGAGUGGUCGGCCUGACCAAAGAGGCCAUCCUGACCAAUAUGGAGACCCCCAAAUCAGCAGUGAUUAAUGUUAAACCUACAGCUUUUGUAGAAGGGCAUGGAAUGGCUUCUGGUCAGCAGCAGCAAGAUUAUGACAGUUACCUACUGCGUCUGGGCUCCAUGAUGACCAAAUUCCAGCAAUGUGCUUACCAGCAUUCCCAGAGCAAGGUGAGGAAUGCUGGCCAAAGCAUCUGGGAGGCUCUUCAAACUAGUUACCUGUUGCUGAAAUAUUGCAUCAUUGCCUUGAUUCAUACAAUUACCCAACCCCUGAAGACCAUCUACCUGAUCCUACUGAUCAUUAUUGAAUACUUUCCCGUCAACUUUCAGGACAAGAUGCUACAAGUUUCCCGUACCACAGAAGUGCUCUGUGCUUCAUUCUCCACUCUUGAUUCCUUCCAAGAUCUGUCUAGACGAAUCCUCUCCCAAAUAUGGGAGAAAGUGACCAAGAAAGAGGAACAUAUGAAUAAGCUGCUGGAGUAUGUGGUGUACAGUACACCUCUGUGUUGGUUUGUGGGACCCUUCAAUGCUUUAAGAGGCAGAAUAUAAGCAGACUCCACAGAAACUGCAGAAUAUGGAAAGAAGGCGCGCGUGACAAGUGACACUAUUUAGACUGCAGAAGUUUGGAAGCUGUUACAGGAUACGACUUCCCUGUGGAGCUAAUUUAUUUGUAGAACUGUAAAGUUUGUCGAACGAAAGCUUUGAUCUUUGUGAACCCAGCUCUGAGAUUAGAGCUGAGCCUCAGGA